AUGGCAUUAGUCCUGCUACAGUUUACAUCGGCAGGAGUUGCACUCUUCACCAAAGCUGCUUUCAUGGAAGGACUCAAUCCCACCGUCUUCGUCGUUUACCGUCAAGCCAUUGCUACUCUCUUCAUAUGUCCCAUCUCUUUCCUCUCCGCAUGGAGGAAAGAAAGCAAACCUUCUCUUGGAGUAAGAGGCUUUUGGUGGGUAGCUUUCACGGCUGUUAUUGGUGUGACUGUGAAUCAGAACGCUUAUUUCGCAGGGAUUGACUUGUCUUCUUCUUCCAUGGCUUGUGCUAUGACCAAUCUUAUUCCUGCUGUUACCUUCAUUAUCUCCUUCUUUGUUGGAUUCGAGAGGAUAAAGAGGACAAGUGUGAAAAGUGUUGCAAAGGUUCUAGGCACAGGUGUGUGUGUAGGAGGAGCCAUGGCGAUGACUUUUCUCAGAGGUCCCAAAUUGCUCAACGCCUUGCUGCACCAAGACCACACCAAUUGGUUACUCGGUUGCUUCUUUCUUCUCAUUAGCACUUUUGCUUGGUCUCUUUGGUUGAUUCUUCAGGUUCCUAUUGCCUCUCACUGCCAUGAUCACUUGUACACUUCUGCCUCCACUUGUUUCAUGGCUACCAUAGCUUCUUUCCUCAUGGCUCUCGCCUUAGGAAAUACUGAUUUACCGUCUUGGAAGUUUGAUUCCUCCUUGAAGCUCUCUUGUUGUGUAUUCUCUGGAAUCCAAUUGGCUGUGUCUUUCUUUCUACAAGCUUGGUGCGUGUCGCGGAAAGGACCUCUUUUCUCUGCUCUCUUCAAUCCUCUUUCUACGGUCAUCGUCACUUUCUUCGGUGCUCUGUAUUUAAAAGAACAGACUUACCUCGGGAGCCUGCUAGGAGCUUUGGCAGUCAUCCUUGGUCUCUACAUUGUUCUCUGGGGAAAAUCCGAAGACUAUCAAGAAGAAGCCGCGGACCUGAAAUUGCAAACAGAUAACACCAAUCUUUCGCAAUCUGACUCUGUUCCUGUUUUGAUCGGUGAUAAGGCCUUUCGUAGUUCGGAGCUCUUAGAACCUCUUCUCAUGUGA